GGUCAGCGCCGGGAAAACUUCCGGCUUCUGCGAAGGAUCGCAGGCUGAUUAGCAGGAAGGCUUGGCUCUGUGUAUAUAGACUUGCCAGCGUGAUCAGUACCGGCCACCGCGCAUGGCGAGGGAUCUGAUCGGGCCAGCACUUCCGCCCGGCUUCAAGGCCCUCGGGGCCGCGGGGGACGAGGAGCGGGACCCCAGCCCCGUUGCAGGACCAGCUCUACCCCCUAAUUAUAAAAGCAGUAGUUCAGAGUCAUCAGACAGCGAUGAGGACAGUAAUUCUUUGUACGGAGAAGGAAACCAAGAAUCUGAAGAAGAUGACACUGGUCCACCUGCAAGGAAACAGAGGAGAAAUCAAGAUGAUGAUGAUGAUGAUGAUGAUGAUGAUGAAGGAUUUUUUGGACCAGCCCUUCCUCCUGGAUUUAAAAAGCAGGAUGAUUCUCCUCCGAGGCCUAUAAUAGGUCCUGCAUUACCACCUGGUUUUAUUAAAUCUGCACAGAAAAGUGACAAAGGCAGAGAUGAUCCAGGGCACCAAGUAUCAUCAUAUUUCAACUCUAAGGAAACAGAUAGCAGUGAAGAUGAGGACAUUGUUGGACCAAUGCCUGCAAAAGGACCACUUAACUAUAGUGUAACCGCAGAGUUUGAUAAAAGAGCCCAGAGAAUGAAAGAAAAACUGACUAAAGGAGAUGAUGAUUCAGCUAAACCCAUUACAAGGGAGUCCUGGAUGACUGAGCUUCCUCCGGAAUUGAAAGACUUUGGUCUUGGGCCCAGAACUUUUAAGAGAAGAACCGAUGUCAAAUCUGGAGAUCGAUCAGUGUGGACAGAUACUCCCGCCGACAGGGAAAGAAAAGCCAAGGAGACAAAAGAAGCAAGGAAGUCAUUCAAUAAGAAGGAUGAAGAACAUAUAUUGUCAGGAAGGGAAAAGAGAUUGGCUGAGCAGGUGUCCUCAUACAAUGAAUCGAAAAGAUCAGAAUCUCUUAUGGACAUUCAUCAAAAAAAACUAAAAACUAAGGCUGCUGAAGAUAAAAAUAAGCCCCAAGAAAGAAUACCAUUUGACCGUGAUAAGGAUCUCAAGGUGCAUCGGUUUGAUGAAGCUCAGAAAAAAGCCCUAAUAAGAAAAUCUAGAGAACUAAACACCAGAUUUUCACAUGGCAAAGGCAGUAUGUUUUUAUAAAGAGAAUGGAAAGGAGCGGGGGAGACAGAAAGAGAGGAUUAUUGAUGGGAGAGAGACACAUCAAUCAGUUGCCUCCCAUAUGCACUCCAACCAGGGCUGGGGACUGAGCCUGCAACCAAGGUACAUACCCUUGACCGGAAUCGAACCUGGGACCCUUCAGUCUGCAGGCCCUCGAUCUAUCCACUGAAUCAAACUGGCCAGGGCUAAAAAUAAAUUUUGUUUAUAAAUGAUUAUGUGUACAAAUCUAUUUCCUUUUAUAGUAAAAUAGAUUGUAAAUCUGCAAAUCUUUUUUUAUAAGUAAACUGUUUUUUUUAAAAAUUCAGCCUUUGUGGGCUUAUAAAUGUUCAUGGAAAAGUAGCCUUGUUCUCAUAAUAACUAACAGGGCAUUGCUACUUAAAAUUCUGUAAUAAAAGUUUAGUUUAUGAAAAAUGGAAAGGAGGGUGUAAAGCAUGAAGAAAGGAGGUUUAUUAGUAUUUUUUUUUAAUACAUGUCUUUAUUGAUUUCAAGGAGGGAGAGAGAGGGAGAGAUAGAAACAUCAAUGAUGAGAGAGAAUCAUUGAUUUCCUCCUGCACGCCCCCUACUGGGGAUUGAGCUCGCAACCCAGGCAUGUGCCCUGACCAGGAAUCAAACUGACUUCUGGUUCAUAGGUCUAUGCUCAACCACUGAGCCACACUGGCUGGGUGCUAGUAAUCUUUUGAUGUCAAAUAAGAUCACAAUUAGAAAAAUGGUCAUUGCUUUUAAAGGACCUCAAAGUAAGGUUCGAAACCAUUACAUCAUUCAUUUAUAGUCCAAACUGACAAGGGUUCAUAAAGGUGAUUAAAAAUUACAUAAAAACUAAUAUUGCUUCUUAAAAAUCUUUAUAGUUUUUUUAAUUGUAUGAAACCUACAUUGAUAUUAAAAUGUGCUUUAAGGGAAAAUAAAGUUAGAAAUAUUUUCCAACUUA